GAGCAGCAGAUUAGAGUAGAAUAUGAAUAUGGGAGGGGGGGGGCGCAAACUCCAACUUCAAAGGUGGGCAAGUGGGAGAGAGAGUAAUAAAGACGCCACAGACAACUCCGAGGUUGGGAAGGAGGGAGAGACAGAUUGAUUUACAGUAGUCGAGAAAAGCAAAAGGGGUGAGUGUGUGCGUAUUGUGUUCUUCUCUCUAUGUUAUGAGUAUUGAAGCCACCACCAUCUGUCUGACAAACACUUUAAUGACCCCCCAUCAUCAUCGCUGCUCCCACUCUCUAAUUUUUGUAUUCCGAUUCUUCUUCUAUUACUAUUACUACACCACCUCUCUGUCGUCUUUUCUUCUCUCUCACUCUCUAUUUAUUUAUGUAUUUUACUCAAACCCUUUCCCUCCCCCGCCCCCUAUCCCAUCAUUCUUCUAUUACAUUUACAUACCACCAUCAUCAUUUACAUUUCCAUUCCUGCUGUAGGAAGCAACCUCCGCCCCGCUGCUAUUCUCUCUUCAUUUCUACUUUCCUCUGCAUGUUAUUCCCAUCCUUCUCCUCUUUGUAUACAUAUAUACACAAUAUAUUCAUUCACACUCUCCCCCGCCUUCUCCCUUCCUUUUCCCACUUCUUAUGUCUACUCCACAUGUUAUUUCAAACUUUAUCAACCCCUUUCCAAUAGUUAAAAAAGUUGAUUGAAGAUGCUCUGCUAUCGACUCACGGAUUUUCACCCAGAAAUGUUGGUGCUUUUCAAGUUGCUGCCUGUUUUGCUCUUCUUUCCAUUGCUUCUCGUUCAAUCUUUGGACCCAGCUUUCAACGACGAUGUAUUGGGCUUGAUUGUUUUCAAAGCUGGCCUCACCGACCCACUCUCCAGGCUCACCUCUUGGAAUGAAGAAGAUGAUUCCGCCUGCAAUUGGGUCGGCGUGAGAUGUGAUCAGGAUACUAAUCGGGUUUCCGAGCUUAUUCUUGAUGGUUUUUCUUUAUCUGGCCACCUUGGAAGGAGUUUAAUUAGACUGCAGUUCCUCAGAGUUUUGCAAUUAUCAAGAAACAAUUUUUCAGGUUCCGUAAAUCCCAUCCUUGCUCAAAUUCCAUCCCUCCAAGUUAUUGACUUGACUGAAAAUAGUUUAUCAGGGUUCAUACCUGAAGAGCUUUUUCAACAAUGUGGGUCCUUAAACUCAAUUUCACUGGCCAAGAACAAUCUCACUGGCUCAAUCCCACCAUCCUUGAGCUCCUGCUCAAAUUUGGAGAGGCUUAACUUUUCGUCAAAUCGCCUCUCAGGUCAGUUACCUUCUGGGUUAUGGUCGUUGAGUUCGCUUCGUUUGCUUGAUUUGUCUGAUAAUUUGCUCGAGGGUGAGAUUCCAAGAGGGAUUGAGAGUUUGUAUAACUUGAGAGCAAUUAAUUUAAGGAGGAACAAUUUUGUGGGUUGGCUGCCUGAAAAUAUUGGAAAUUGUUUGCUACUGAAGUCUGUUGAUUUUGGUGAAAACUAUUUUACUGGUACCCUUCCUCUAUCAAUGAGAAAGCUCAGCGUGUGCAGAUAUCUUGAUGCGAGUAGAAAUCUAUUGACAGGAGAAUUUCCUGAUUGGAUUGGAGAGAUGAGAAGCCUGGAGUUCUUGGAUCUUUCAGUUAAUAAUUUUUCUGGUCGGAUGGCAACUACUGUAGGCAAUCUCCAGUCCUUGAAACAAGUUAAUUUGUCAAGCAAUCGGUUUGUGGGAAGCUUACCGGAGUCGUUUGGGAAUUGUGUAAACCUUAAGGUUCUUGAUGUUGGUCAAAAUUUGUUUUCUGGUAAUCUGCCCUCAUGGGUUUUUAAGUUAGCCUUGGAGAGUGUCUCGCUUUCCGCUAAUAGAUAUAGUGGAACCAUCAGUUUUCCUGCUCCUUUGCUGCAAUCGUAUCAAAGCCUUGAACUCUUAGAUUUGUCAUCCAAUGCAUUAACUGGUGGAGUUCCCUCUGCAAUUGGGAAUUUCAGUAGGCUGCAGGCCUUGAAUAUAUCCCGGAAUUCUCUAGCUGGUUCAAUUCCAGCAAGUGUUGGCGAACUUAACACAACAUCUGUCCUUGAUAUGAGUCACAAUCAGUUAAGUGGGAGCAUUCCAGCUGAGAUUGGAGGGGCAGUUUCACUGCAGGAAUUGAGACUGGAAAGCAAUUUCCUGACUGGAGCAAUUCCAGCAGACAUUGGGAACUGCUCAUCUCUAACCUCAUUGGUCUUAUCCCGGAAUAAUCUUUCCGGUCCUGUCCCUGUUGCAAUUGCAAGCCUAUCCAACCUUGAGCUGUUGGACUUGUCAUUCAACAACUUGUCAGGAAGUCUACCAAAAGAAUUGACUAACCUUUCCCACCUUGACACGUUCAAUGCCUCCUUUAAUCAUCUCCAGGGGGAACUUCCAGUUGGAGGGUUUUUCAAUACCAUCCCUCUCUCAUCUGUGAUUGGUAAUCCAUCUCUGUGCGGUUCCAUUGUCAAGCACUCCUGUCCUGCUGUCCAUCCCAAGCCUCUUGUACUGAACCCCAACUCAUCCGUUUCAAAUCACGGUCCUCUUUCUCCAAAUCUUCGGCACAAGCGGAUAGUACUAAGUGUAUCUUCCCUUGUCGCCAUUGGUGCCGCUGUCUUUAUAGCUGUUGGUGUAGUUACAGUCUCUAUUCUCAAUAUGCAUGCUCGCACGUCUAUGGCACGGUCCGCUGCUGCUUUCACAUUCUCAGGAGGUGAUGACUUUAGCCCUUCCCAUGACACUGAAGCUAACUAUGGCAAGCUUGUUAUGUUUUCUGGUGAGGUCGAUUUUGUUACUGGGGCUCAAUCUCUGCUCAAUAAAGAUUGUGAACUUGGGCGUGGUGGUUUUGGGGCUGUUUACAGGACAGAACUUCAAGGCGGACGGUCCAUUGCCAUCAAGAAGCUUAAUACUACGAGCUUAGUGAAAUGUCAAGAAGAUUUUGAGAGGGAGGUUAAGAAACUUGGAAAGAUCAGACACCAAAAUUUGGUGGCGCUUGAAGGCUAUUAUUGGACACCAUCCUUACAGCUACUCAUUAACGAGUAUAUCUCUGGAGGAAGUUUGCAUAAGCAUCUCCACGACAGAGAGUCUGCUGGCUGCCUGACAUGGCAACAGAGAUUCAAAAUAAUCCUUGGUACUGCUAAAGGCCUUGCUCAUCUGCACCAGCUGAAUGUUAUUCACUAUAACAUGAAAUCGACCAACGUUCUGAUGGACUUUUCUGGUGAACCAAAGGUGGGAGAUUUUGGGCUGGCCAGGCUACUGCCUGCACUUGACCGAUAUAUCCUCAGUAGCAAGAUUCAGAGUGCACUUGGGUACAUGGCUCCUGAAUUCGCAUGCCAAACUGUGAAGAUUACUGAAAAAUGUGAUGUAUAUGGAUUUGGGGUCUUGACUCUGGAGGUGCUAACUGGGAGAAGACCUGUAGAAUACAUGGAAGAUGAUGUGGUUGUGCUGUGCGACAUGGUGAGGGAAGCUUUGGACGAAGGCAGGAUAGAGGAAUGCAUUGACAAGAAGCUUGAAGGAAAGUAUCCAAUGGAGGAGGCAAUUCCAGUAGUAAAACUUGGGUUAAUAUGUGCUUCUCAGGUGCCAUCAAACCGCCCCGACAUGGAAGAGGUGAUAAGGAUUUUGGAACUUAUCCAAUGUCCUACAGAGAGUCAAGAAGAACUGGAAUGAUUUUUACAUUGAAAUGAUGAAAUUAAAGUGUCCAUAUUUGGUGAUCAGGUGAAGAGGAAUCCAGAAAAUAGAUGGGCUAUGAGUCCUUCAUUUCCUUUAACUUCUUUCUUCUAUGAUAUUUUCAAAUCUUUUGUUUUUUUCAAAUAUGGGUGUUGAUAUUACUUUGUUCCUCACACAUUACUGGAUUUCUGUUCACCGGCGCCAAUUCUGCAGAUGGUUCCAGACUCCGGUCACAGUUCAUUAAAAUUUGCUUUUAUAGAGUAUAUGUAUGAUUAA